AUGUCGUCGGCUCUCAACGCGAUUCGUCGCAAGAAAAAUGUCAAGAAGGGUAUCCAGUUCUGCUUGAUGGUCUGCGGUGCUAGCGGAACCGGACGUACAACCUUUGUCAACACCCUCUGCGGAAAGAAAGUCCUCGAGAGCAAGGAUGCCGACGAUGCUGCCAGCGCUCACAUUGAGGAAGGUGUCCGUAUCAAGCCUGUCACAGUCGGUAACUUCGGUGAAAUCGUCGGAUACCUCGAACGCCAAUAUGACGAUAUUCUUGCCGAAGAAUCGCGAAUCAAGCGUAACCCUCGCUUCAGGGACAACCGUGUCCACGUCCUUCUCUACUUUAUCACACCCACAGGUCACGGCUUGCGCGAGUUGGAUAUCGAACUGAUGAAGCGUCUUUCUCCUCGUGUCAAUGUCAUCCCCGUUAUCGGAAAAGCCGAUUCCCUCACCCCUGCCGAACUCGCCGAGUCCAAGAAGCUCAUCAUGGAGGAUAUUGAGCACUACCGCAUCCCUGUGUACAAUUUUCCCUACGACAUUGAGGAGGACGACGAAGAUACAGUCGAAGAGAACGCUGAGCUGCGUGGGCUUAUGCCAUUCGCGAUUGUCGGCUCUGAAGAUUUCGUUGAGAUCGAUGGACGGAAAGUGCGGGCCCGGCAGUAUCCCUGGGGUGUUGUGGAGGUUGAGAAUCCCAGACACUCCGACUUCUUGGCUAUCAGAAGCGCCCUGCUUCACAGCCAUCUCGCAGAUUUGAAGGAGAUCACUCACGAUUUCCUCUACGAGAACUACCGUACCGAGAAGCUGAGCAAGAGCGUGGACGGUGCUGCCGCUGGUCACGAUUCCUCUAUGAACCCCGAAGACCUUGCAUCUCAAUCAGUCCGCCUCAAGGAGGAGCAACUCCGUCGCGAGGAAGAGAAGCUUCGCGAGAUUGAACUCAAGGUGCAGCGUGAAAUCGCCGAGAAACGCCAGGAAUUGUUGGCCCGCGAAAGCCAACUUAGGGAGAUCGAAGCCCGCAUGGCACGUGAGGCCAGCCAGAACCAAAUGGCCCUUCAUCCCGAGGCUGCCAACGGAGAUGCUUAA